AUGGUACAUUCGUUGGUGCUGAUGCUCACAGGCUGCAUUUGCCACCACGCGAAACCUGAGUGGAUCCAGAGAGUGCCUGGAUUGAACGAAUAUCAAGACAUGCUUCUGAACAAGGCCAAGUUUUUGGCGGAGUCCAAAGGACGUGGUCUGUUCUAUGGCUUUCAGGGCACUCUCUGGCUUUGCUUUUCCAGCAUCACGGCCCCUGCUGAGAUGCUGAUCGGCCUCUGGUUCAUGUUCCUGGCUGUGCUGUAUAUUCUCAUGGGCUUCGACAUCAUGCCCCAAGAGGUGGCCAAGAAGAUGAAAGAUGUCCGAGCACUGGUGAAGGCGCCAUUGUACGAUGAAGAAAGUCCCAAGGCUGCGGGUGGUCAGGCAUCUCAGAAGAAAGAAGCCUUGCUGGCGACCGAGCCAACCCAGGGUUCUGCAGUCCGGGGCUGA